AUGAGGGCGUGCAUGCGCGGGGCCCAGCGCGGACUCAGACACGCCCAGCUUGCAAACUGCAGGAGGAAACUCACCACGCGGCAGGGAGGCCACCCGCCAUCCAAAGGGGCCGAACAGAAGCCCUCCGGGGAUCAUCAAGGGGCGAAGGCGACACCGCCGCAGGCCAAGCCGCAGACCCAGGCGGCCCCCAAGGGCGGUGCCACAGGAACUCCCGGCGGCACCGCACCUCCGGAGGCGCCGCGGGCAGGCCUGCCCCCAUGGGUGCCGGUCGCGGCUGCCGCCUUCGGGUUCGGCUCCUUGGCCUACCUGGGAGUUCGCCUCGCGGCGGAGGGCCCCCCCAAAUCCUUGCCCGGCUUCCUGGGAGGGCGCCGGAGAGAGCUUCAGGAGGAGGAGAGGGCGCAGGAGGCGCCCCUGGAGACUGCGGAGAUGAGUCAGCCGGCAGCGUUCAGCGGAGCGGGAGAGGAUGGGGCGGCCCUGGAGACUGCGGAGAUGAAUCAGCCGGCAGCGUUCAGCGGAGCGGGAGAGGAUGGGGCGGAGAAGAUGGGGGUGAAGAUGCCCGAAGUUGGGGUUGGGGAUUCUGGGGAGGCUGAGGAGCCCGUUGUUAUCGACACGGCGCCCUUGGACCAGCUGUUUACUGAAGCGCUUGGCUUGCCCAGUGUGGCGGGACAGCAGGAUGCUAGUGCUGGAGGGGUGGCAGGUGAUGGGCCAGAUGGGCAGGCCACUUCUGCGCAAAUCGUGGAGGCCUCUGAGGAUUCGUCAACACCCUAUGAGGAAGAAGUGCUGAUGGCGAAACCCUCUCCCCUGCCAACGCCAGCUCAAAGCAUCACUGCAGAUCUUGUGCAAAAAGUCAUAGAACAGGGGGCUGGAGCUGGUGAAGACUGGGAGAAAUACAAGGCAAUGCAUCAGCAGGCCACAUGCGAUGCUGAAACCGUCAUCCAGAAGAUGGCAGAACAGGAAGUGCAACACAAGGUGGAGACACAGCAGUUAGAAUUGAAGAUAGCAGAGCACGCUGCCAAGGUGGAAGAUAUCAGGGCAGAGGCUGAUGACCAAUUGAAAAAGACGCAAGCUCUUCUGGAAAAGCAGGAAGAGGUUGCGGAGCAGCAGCGUGAAAACGAGCUAAAGCGACAAGCAGAGUACAUGGCAGUUGCGGCAUCUGAAGCAGCGGUGAAGGAGCGCACUGAGAGGAUAAAGCUCAUGGACCAAGUCCGGGAAAAGCUGAACGUCCUAGAGGAGGCAUUCGUUCAGCGUUCCAAAGAUGCGCUCCUGAAGAGCGCUGUGCACAAUGUCGCUCUCGGGGCGAUGGCAUUGGACCAGGCCCUGCGGGAAGGCCUGCCCUGCUCCAAGCCGCUCCGGUUCCUGGAGUCUGGCUGUGGUCAGGACCCUGUGGUGUUGUUGGGCUUGAGCGCGGUGCCCAAGGAGGUUGCCCAGCGGGGUGUCCCCACACAGACGCAGCUGCUGGAUCGCUUCAAGGAUGUGAAGAAGUCGGUGUUGACGCUGUCGUACUUGCCGCCAGAAGGAGGCGGGGUGCUGGCUCACUUUGCGGCGAAGAUUGGUGCUGCAUUGAAGGUUCGCGAGGAUCCGACGCCCACAGGGACACUGGACGCUGCACUUUCCCAAAUGGAGGAAUGGGUGAGGGACGGCCACCUGGCAUCAGCGGCGCAGGAGCUUGAGAAGGCUACGGCGGGAACGGCGGCGGAGGCGUGCACGAAGGAUUGGCUGGAGGCCGCGAGGUCACGGGCGGCGGCGGAGCAAACGGUGAAGAUGCUCCAGGCGCGGGCGAUGUCGCUAACAGUGGCUCUGUUAUAG